CUUAGAGGACCCGCCUCCGCCGCCGCCGCCACCGCGGGUGUGAAGCGGCCUGGUGUGGCGUUCCUCUCUUCGCCGGGCAGCCCGCCCAGGAGCCGCCGCCGGGGCCCGCUCGCCCGUCGCUUAAGUCGUCGCCGCCGCCGGCCGGGCCUGCGCCGCAGCCCCAAGCGCCGGAGCCAUGGCGGGCGCCGCGUCCCCCUGCGCCAAUGGCUGUGGGCCCGGCGCGCCCUCCGACGCCGAGGUGCUGCACCUCUGCCGCAGCCUCGAGGUGGGCACCGUCAUGACUUUGUUCUACUCCAAGAAGUCGCAGCGGCCCGAGCGGAAGACCUUCCAGGUCAAGCUGGAGACGCGGCAGAUCACGUGGAGCCGUGGCGCCGACAAGAUCGAGGGGGCCAUUGACAUUCGGGAAAUCAAGGAGAUCCGCCCAGGGAAGACCUCACGAGAUUUUGAUCGCUACCAGGAGGACCCUGCUUUCCGACCAGACCAAUCACACUGCUUUGUUAUCCUGUAUGGAAUGGAAUUCCGCCUGAAGACCCUGAGCCUGCAAGCUACAUCUGAGGAGGAAGUGAAUAUGUGGAUCAAGGGCUUAACUUGGCUGAUGGAGGAUACAUCGCAGGCGGCCACACCCCUGCAGAUUGAGAGGUGGCUGCGGAAGCAGUUCUACUCAGUGGAUCGGAACCGUGAGGAUCGUAUAUCAGCCAAGGACCUGAAGAACAUGCUGUCCCAGGUCAACUAUCGGGUCCCCAACAUGCGCUUCCUCCGAGAGCGGCUGACAGACCUGGAGCAGCGCAGCAGUGACAUCACCUAUGGGCAGUUUGCUCAGCUGUACCGCAGCCUCAUGUACAGCGCCCAGAAGACGAUGGACCUCCCCUUCUUGGAAGCCAGUGCCCUGAGGGCAGGGGAGCGGCCGGAGCUUUGCCGAGUGUCCCUUCCUGAGUUCCAGCAGUUCCUCCUUGAGUACCAGGGGGAGCUGUGGGCUGUUGACCGGCUCCAGGUGCAGGAGUUCAUGUUCAGCUUCCUCCGGGACCCACUGCGAGAGAUUGAGGAGCCGCACUUCUUCCUGGACGAGUUUGUCACCUUCCUGUUCUCCAAAGAGAACAGCGUAUGGAACUCACAGCUGGAUGCAGUGUGCCCAGAUACCAUGAACAACCCUCUCUCCCACUACUGGAUUUCCUCCUCGCACAAUACGUACCUGACCGGGGACCAGUUCUCCAGCGAGUCCUCCCUGGAAGCCUACGCUCGCUGCCUGCGGAUGGGCUGUCGCUGCAUUGAGUUGGACUGUUGGGACGGCCCUGAUGGGAUGCCAGUCAUUUACCACGGACACACCCUUACCACCAAGAUCAAGUUCUCAGACGUCCUGCACACCAUCAAGGAGCAUGCCUUUGUGGCCUCAGAGUACCCAGUUAUCCUGUCUAUCGAGGACCACUGCAGCAUCGCCCAGCAGAGGAACAUGGCCCAGUACUUCAAGAAGGUACUCGGGGACACACUGCUCACCAAGCCUGUGGACAUUGCUGCCGAUGGGCUCCCCUCACCCAACCAGCUCAAGAGGAAGAUCCUUAUCAAGCACAAGAAGCUGGCUGAGGGCAGUGCCUAUGAGGAGGUGCCUGCGUCCGUGAUGUACUCUGAAAAUGACAUCAGCAACUCCAUCAAGAAUGGCAUUCUCUACCUGGAGGACCCCGUGAACCAUGAGUGGUAUCCCCACUACUUUGUCCUGACCAGCAGCAAGAUCUACUACUCUGAGGAAACCAGCAGUGACCAGGGCAACGAGGAUGAAGAGGAGCCCAAGGAGCAGGUCAGCGGCAGCGCAGAGCUGCACUCCAAUGAGAAGUGGUUCCACGGGAAGCUUGGGGCCGGACGGGACGGGCGGCACAUUGCUGAGCGCCUGCUCACUGAGUACUGCGUUGAGACUGGGGCCCCCGACGGUUCCUUCCUGGUGCGCGAGAGCGAGACCUUCGUGGGCGACUACACCCUCUCUUUCUGGCGGAACGGCAAAGUCCAGCACUGCCGCAUCCACUCCCGGCAAGACGCCGGGACCCCCAAGUUCUUCCUGACAGACAACCUGGUCUUUGACUCGCUCUAUGACCUUAUCACACACUACCAGCAAGUUCCCCUGCGCUGCAACGAAUUCGAGAUGCGCCUCUCGGAGCCUGUCCCACAGACCAAUGCCCACGAGAGCAAAGAGUGGUACCACGCCAGCCUAACCCGAGCGCAAGCCGAGCACAUGCUGAUGCGUGUUCCCCGGGACGGGGCCUUCCUGGUGCGAAAACGCAAUGAGCCCAACUCCUACGCCAUCUCCUUCCGGGCUGAGGGCAAGAUCAAGCAUUGCCGUGUCCAGCAGGAGGGCCAGACAGUGAUGCUGGGCAACUCGGAGUUUGACAGCCUGGUUGACCUCAUCAGCUAUUACGAGAAGCAUCCGCUGUACCGUAAAAUGAAGCUGCGCUAUCCCAUCAACGAGGAGGCGCUGGAGAAGAUCGGCACUGCUGAGCCUGACUACGGGGCCCUGUAUGAGGGGCGCAAUCCUGGCUUCUACGUGGAGGCAAACCCUAUGCCGACUUUCAAGUGUGCGGUCAAAGCCCUCUUUGACUACAAGGCCCAGAGAGAGGAUGAGCUGACUUUCACCAAGAGUGCCAUUAUCCAGAAUGUGGAGAAGCAAGAGGGAGGCUGGUGGCGGGGGGACUAUGGCGGGAAGAAACAGCUAUGGUUCCCAUCCAACUACGUGGAAGAGAUGGUCAGCCCUGCAGCCCUGGAGCCUGAGAGGGAGCACUUGGACGAGAACAGCCCCCUAGGGGACUUGCUGAGGGGGGUCUUGGAUGUGCCAGCUUGUCAGAUUGCCAUCCGCCCUGAGGGCAAGAACAGCCGGCUCUUCGUCUUCUCCAUCAGCAUGGCGUCAGUGGCACACUGGUCCCUGGAUGUUGCUGCUGACUCACAGGAGGAGCUGCAGGACUGGGUGAAAAAGAUCCGUGAGGUGGCGCAGACCGCAGAUGCCAGGCUCACUGAGGGGAAGAUGAUGGAACGGAGGAAGAAGAUCGCCCUGGAGCUCUCGGAGCUUGUCGUCUACUGCCGGCCUGUGCCCUUUGACGAAGAGAAAAUUGGCACAGAGCGUGCCUGCUACCGGGACAUGUCAUCGUUCCCGGAAACCAAGGCUGAGAAAUACGUGAACAAGGCCAAAGGCAAGAAAUUCCUCCAGUACAACCGGCUGCAGCUGUCCCGCAUCUACCCCAAGGGCCAGCGUCUGGACUCCUCCAAUUAUGACCCCUUGCCCAUGUGGAUCUGCGGCAGUCAGCUGGUGGCCCUCAACUUCCAGACUCCAGAUAAGCCCAUGCAGAUGAACCAGGCCCUCUUCAUGGCUGGCGGGCACUGUGGCUACGUGUUGCAGCCGAGCACCAUGCGGGACGAGGCCUUCGACCCAUUUGACAAGAGCAGCCUCCGCGGGCUCGAGCCAUGUGCUAUCUGCGUUGAGGUGCUGGGGGCCCGGCAUCUGCCAAAGAAUGGCCGGGGCAUUGUGUGUCCUUUCGUGGAGCUUGAGGUGGCUGGAGCAGAGUAUGACAGCACCAAGCAGAAGACAGAGUUUGUGGUGGACAAUGGACUGAACCCCGUGUGGCCGGCCAAGUCCUUCCACUUCCAGAUCAGUAACCCGGAAUUCGCCUUCCUGCGCUUUGUGGUAUAUGAGGAAGACAUGUUUAGUGACCAGAACUUCCUGGCUCAGGCUACUUUCCCAGUGAAAGGCCUGAAGACAGGAUACAGAGCUGUGCCUUUGAAGAACAACUACAGUGAGGACCUGGAGCUGGCCUCCCUGCUCAUCAAGAUAGACAUUUUCCCUGCCAAGCAGGAGAACGGCGACCUCGGCCCCUUCAGUGGCGCGUCCCUGCGGGAGCGGGGCCUAGAUGCUUCGGGCCAGCUGCUUCACGGCCGGGCCCGGGAAGGCUCCUUUGAAGCUCGCUACCAGCAGCCAUUUGAGGACUUCCGCAUCUCCCAGGAGCAUCUGGCAGACCAUUUUGAUAGUCGGGAACGAAGGGCCCCACUGCCGGUAGGACACUCCUCCCUUCUGUCCAGGGCCCCAAGAAGGACUCGGGUCAACGGAGACAACCGCCCCUAGUUAUGCCCAAGCCUCAUGGAGAGCAGCAGCUGCGGCGGUCGCAUGGCGCGCGCUGAGCUGGGCUCUUCGGAAGCGGCCUGCCAGCAGCCUUCCUGGCCUAACAGCCUGGAGCCUGGGAUUCCAGCAGUGGAUGCUAGACCCAAACCAAGCCAUUCAUGAGACGUCUUACUGUUCUAAGCCUCCACACUCCAGCUCUGGGGGGAGGCAAAACUGUACUAUGUCUCGAGUUAAGCACACACAUCUGGCCCUGACUUCUGGAGGUGGAUCCUUCCAUCUUGGGGGGCCAGGACCAUGGCUACAGCCCCUUGGAGAGAGGCUGCCUCAGCCGGCCAGCACAGGAGGCUCUGAAGAGCCGCUGACAUUGCUGAGAGUGGAGGAGCAGCAGCCUGGCCAGGGUAGGGAACAAACCAAGUUUACAUUGUCCUGGAGCUUCAGAACUACAGUUGGGCAGGGUGAGAAGGUAGAUGUCCCUGCAGCCUGGGUGGAAGAGCACGGGGCCUGCCUGGAGAGGGGCUCUGCCAGCCCAAGGAAGUCGACACAGCACAAGGGCACACUGCCCACGACUGGGAGUGCAGCCCAGCCUGAAAGAUACAGGGGACCACAUUACAAAUAGCACUAUUGUGCAGCCUGCUCUGUUGCGGGCCGUGUAGGGGUGCCUUGCAGAGUACCAUCUGGAGCAGGGACAGUGGCAGCGUAUCCCAGAAUCACAGCAGUGUGGGCCAUGGGCCCAGAGUUGGAUAUGCCAGCCGUCACGGGCUGUGCCCCCCACCUGCUGCCCAGAGCCGACUGGAGGACCUGUUCCCUGGAGUGGGUGGGUGGGGGGUGAGUUUGUGAGCACAUGAGACAUGGUGUAUGGCAGUUUCUCUUACAUUGUCAGUGACGACGUGCCUCAUUUAUGUAGAAGCCACUGAGAUGUGGCAGGUCUACAGCAAAAUUAAACCUAAGGCCUUUGUCAGAUGACCAUGAGUGGCACCGGUGUGGCAGGAAUGGAGGAGUAAGGCCGAGCUGGGCCUCCCUCAGCACGUUCGGGAGCCUCCUUCCAACAAGGUGCCCUCCAGCAGGCCAGCCGUGAGCCCGCGCCCCUCCGCCCCUCCUGUUUCCAACUGAAGACCACUGUCCCUUCUGCAGCAAAAGCCCUGGGAUCUGAGUUUGCCAGACAACACUGCAAGAGGGCACUCUCUGAGACGAUCUUAAGUAUUAAUUAAAUCAUUUGAAAGUCCUAAUGGACAUACAUGAUGUUGGAGUAUGGAAUUUUAAAGUUUAUUUUUUGCACAGUA